AUGGUGACGGAGCCCUUUUCAGCCCACGAUAUGUAGCACAACACCAUGAUAUCAACAGUACCGAAUCACUCCUCUUUCGACCUUUCGCAACCUUACCUACCGCCAUGAGUAAUCCACUGGCCGAAUAUUUAACUGCACUCGAGGCACGCGAUGCGCACGAGAAGGCGCAUGAGGACUAUAUCAACGCCUACACAAAGCUCGCCGACCGUACUGCGACCUUCACACACGAUGCCUCCACGCCAGAGCCCAACCCCUCCUCCGGCGCAACAACCAAGACAGUCAUAUCAAAAGGGAAAGGUCCUGCCUCAACAGAUGAUGCCCCUACAUCUGCAGUUGCACAGUUACGCGCCGAGCUGGCAUCUACACAGCGCACCCGCGGCGACUUGGAAGCGCAACUCAGCACACUAUCCGCCCAACUUUCCGCCCUCAAAGCCUCAGACACGCAGCAGAAGCAGCGCAUAGAACAGCUUGAGAAGAUGAGGACAGCACUGGAAAGGCGGGGCAAGGACAAAGCAGAGGAACUCAAGGGUAAAGGCAGGCUUGUUGAAGAGGUGCACGACGAGAUGGUGGCGCUGAAUCUGCAGUUGAACAUGGCGGAGCAGGAAAAGGAGAAGCUGCGAAAGGAAAACGACGAGCUCACUAGGCGGUGGAUGAAGAAGAUGGAGGAAGAGGCUAAGACGAUGAAUGAGCGAUCGGGCUGGGAGGAUCAGUCGCGGAGGAGGAAGUAGGCGACAUGUUAGAUUAUCAAUAAA